UGGCGCGUAUUUCAGUUACAAAACUGUGUAUUUUUACUUUUACUUCUUGUUGUUGAAGAAUUUACAUAAUUAUUAUGUAUGUUAUAGAAGAGAUUGUGGGAAAGGGAAGGAGACCAGCAAUGUGUCGCUGACUGGUUUGCGAUCAUUAUCAACGGAAGAGCCGGCGGGCGGCCAUGUAAACACUGCUUUCACCGCCGACCAUGGGACUGAAUUCGCUAACAGCAAGGCGAAGGAGGUGGAAGCGGGUGAGAGAGUCGAGCAGCGACCGCUGUGCAGCAAACCCUACGCGGGAAUGUCGAAGGAAGAGCUGUUGCAGUUUUCGCAGAAGCCGUUCUGGGUCGGUCUCCGAUGGGCUGGAUUUAUCACCUUCUGGUUGGGUUUCUUCGCCAUCGUCGCAGCCGUCAUCGCCCUGAUUGUCCUGGAGGAGAAAUGUCCGGAGGAGAGCCUGGACUGGUGGCAGACGGAGGUAAUCUACCAGGUUUAUCCGAGAUCGUUCCAAGAUUCCGACGGUGACGGCGUGGGAGAUCUCAAAGGUGUUUCCAGUCGUUUGGACUACUUGCAAGAACUGGGAAUUGGGACGAUUUGGAUGAAUCCCAUAUAUAAGUCUCCGAUGAAGGAUUUUGGUUACGACGUCUCUGACUAUGUGGACAUCGAUCCUAUAUUUGGUACUAUGGAGGAGUUUGAACAUCUACUGGGGAUAAUGCAUGAAAAAGGUCUAAAACUAGUGAUGGACUUUGUGCCAAACCACAGCAGUGACCAGCAUCCGUGGUUUGUCGAGAGCAGGAAGAGCAGAGACAACGAGUACAGCGAUUAUUACGUGUGGGUUGAUAAACGCGACUGCAAUACCAUGUCGUGUGAUACAUCGUGUAGUGGCAACCAGCCCCAGGGCUGUCCACCCAACAACUGGUUAAGUGUACCUAGAGGGUCGGCAUGGAAGUGGGACCAAACAAGGCAGCAGUACUACCUACACACGUACUUGGCUGAGCAGCCAGACCUCAACUUUAACAACCCGAAAGUUGUCAAAGAAAUGCAGGAUAUUCUUCUGUUCUGGUUGGACAAGGGAGUAGAUGGAUUCAGAUUAGAUGCUGUGUCUCACAUACACGAGGAUACAGACUACUACAAUAAGGACGAACCCCCGAGCAACAAGCCGAAUAUAACAGCUGAUGACUACAAAUAUCUGAAACACAUCUACACGUUGGACCUUCCAGAUACAAUUGAGCGACUGCGAGAAUUCAGACAGGUCAUGAAUGAGUAUGGCACCACAGCUGAAAAACAUAUAUUCAGUGUCAAUGAAGUAUACAUUACCGAGUAUACCGACGUUGAAACAAUCACCAAACAUUACGAUGUAGCUGACAUGCCCUUCAACUUUGACCUAAUCGGAGGCUUAGGUCCGGAAUGCCACACUGGAGCCUGCAUAUAUGGUUUGGUCAAUACCUCUCUUGGCAUGGUGCCAGAAGGGAGGUGGUCGAAUUGGGUUCUAGGGAACCAUGACGAAGGACGUAUUGCUAGCAAAAUGGGAGGGACCUAUGAAAGUGCUAUGAAUGCUCUCUUGUUACUGUUGCCUGGAACGCCGACGACUUACUAUGGCGAAGAGAUUGGCAUGUUGGACCACGGAAGCAUCACCUUUAAUGAGACCAGGGACCCACGCGGGUUAAUUCUUGGACCUGAUCGGUACCAGGAGCACUCCAGGGAUCCGGCGAGAACCCCGAUGCAAUGGGAUUCUUCCGAACCAUCUGCCGGCUUUUCUACAAACCCAGAAACAUGGCUGCCGAUGCAUCCAGACUACAAGACUAUCAACGUACAGCUUCAAGUGAUGAUUGACAACUCGACUCUAAACACCUACAAGGCUCUCGUCGCCCUGCGAGCGAAGAGAAGCUUCCAGGAAGGAGAUUUAGUGUUGGCAACGCCAACCGAUAACCUCUUCGCAUUCAGUCGUAACUUCAAGCACGGCGAACCGUCGUACCUGUGUGUUAUGAACGUCGGAUAUGAAGCUGAGCUGUAUGCAAGCAGUGAGGAUGUUACUGCCAACAAUGAGGGAGAGGUGGUCGUCAAAUAUGGAACGAGGUUCAAGAUCGGGGAUAAAAUUAAAAUUGACGAACAAAUCCAACUCGACCCAGGUGAGCUAGUUGUGGUUGAGUUCUACUUCUACUAAUAUUUCUAUGCACGUCAAAUGAACCCGUUUUAUUAACCUUAGAUCUGUCAAUAUAAACUUGAUUACUGUGCAUAUAUUGAUGAGGUACUAUUAAAUAUGUUAUUAACCUAAGGAAGAAUAUAAAUGUUUAUAACUAUAAAAUCAAGAGAUAAUAUAGCUAAAGAUAAUGAAGAAAUUUUCCAAUCGUGUCCAGUGAAAAUAUUUUCAGUGAAUUGCAAAACAGUUUGUGUGCUCUGAUAUACUCAUGUAAAGCAUGUGUAAAAUUUUGUGUAUUUCACCCAUAUGCAAGCAAGGUUUCUGAUCACGUAAUUGUUAUUUUACUCUGGCUUUUACAUGCAACCAAUCAAGAAUGUGUCUGAAUGGGAAGGGAAUCAUGGUAUUAACAGGAGAUUUUGUUGUUGGGUUUUAUUGGUUAUAUACAUCUAAUACAUUCACAAAUGAUUAUUGCAAUGUAACGAAAGUAGUUUGAAUAAAAGUUUGGCUGUAAUUUGCA